AUCUGCCGGGACACGACGCCACGGCUGUAUACGCCGCCGCUGGGUCAGUAACGAGAAAACCGCCGGCGCGGAUCGUUCCCUUCGCCAACCUACUCUGCCGCAACACCUAUACUCUGUGUGUAAUUUUUUCAUUUUUUUAUCCGCUUUAUCAAUUUUGCAAAUGCCAGUGAUAAAUCGCUUCGUUCGGUGAUCGAUUCUUCUGGAAAAGUGUGAAAAUCUCAUGUGAUUCAAUAAUGUGCAAAAAGUACGAAGCCUCGAGUGUCAAGGAGACCAGUUGCAACUUGCCGGCGGCAGUGAUACCGGACCACGACAACCGAACCGUCAGUUACUCCCUCGAGCACUCCUGGCAGACGACCUACGUGAGCAGUGUCGUGAUUAUUCUCGUGCGAAAGUGAGAACGAGCCGCCAAACAUCGUCAUACAGUGAUAUGAGGAGACGUUUUUGAAGAAGAAAAAAAGAAAUUUUUUUUUUCUCGAAAAGACUCGUUUUGGAAAAAUUGAUUAGUUGUAAAUUGUGCGUUUCGAAGAUACCAAAGAGAAGAGAUGGAGAAGCGACCGGAUCUGACGCAGGUACACUGCUACACCAACCCGUCGUUUUGCAUCCAGUCCGAGUACAUUCCUGACGAUGCCCAGAGCGUUGGAAGCGACUUGCCACCGCCCCCGCAAUUUCAGGUCGACGAUCUGCCACCGCCACCUGCAGUUCAUCAACCCCAGCCACAGUAUGGCCAGGUCAAUCCAGCCUUCAACAGCAGCCCAGAAGUUGCCGUACCCAAUCGACCACCACCGCUGCACCGUAGCGUCGCCAACCUGAAUCACACAACAGCCGACCGAUACUGCUACAUCGACGACCGGGUCGAGGCACCCUCACCCCCACCACCCGCCAAUGCCCAUAAACGUUAUGGCAGCCUACCUAUGGGCCGUCCAAACCCAUACGCCUACCGGAACAACCGCUACGAGUACAUCCAGGACGACGCGAGUGUCCAGGUUCAGGUCCAGGUCCAGCCUGUGCCAGGACACCCCCAACAACAGAUGCCCACCGUCUCGGCCAACACGUCCAGAUACGAGUACAUUCAGCAGCAGGAGGUUCAGCAGAGGGCAGCGCUCUCACCUCAGCAGCAACAGCAACAGAUGAUAGUCCAGCAACCGCAGCAACAACAGAUGACACCCCAGCAACAGCAGCGCCAGGUGCUCAGUAGACAGAAUUCAGUUAGGGCCUCGGUCAGGUCGUACAGGAACCCGGAUGCGCAUUAUCAGAGCCUUGGGCCUGACAGCAUUGAAGCGCAGGAGGCCAGGUGGAACGAAGAGGACAAGGGGAUGUAUAAUACGUCGAGAAGGCAGAUUCAGACACCUAGAGGCCGCUACACAAGUGUACCGAUGCAGGACGAAGAUCCGCCGAGUCUCCCGGAGCGGAACCAGACUCUGGAAGUCGGCUCACCGAGGGUGAACAAUCUAGCGACACAAAAGCUUCACGAGAUCCUCACGACUCCCAGGAAGCCAAGGUCCAGGUCUCAAGGUGAUCUACUUUCUCCGGUCAAAAGUCCACAGAACCAGCAGUCUAUGAUGCACAGCGUUGCGCCUUCGCAGAGGAACGCUUACACGCCUGGCUGCUCGCCUUCGUCCGGAGUUGGUCAGCGAGCGAUGAACUCUCCGAUGCAGCAGCCGGCUCAGCACAGCACGCCGCAGAGUCGAGCCUUGUCGCCUCGCGGCGGUGGCAAGGGCCCGACGACCUCGACCCCGAACAAGGAGCCACCGUCGGCACGCAGAUGUCUGCCGCUCAAUGAGUCGACGCCCGGACCUAUGGUGCGACGACACAUCGAGGACAGUCAGGCCGCUGCCUACGGCAGGACACCUGGACAUCGGUAUCACAUGGAGGUGGCCAACGACGAGGUUUACGUCGACCAUCAGAAGAAGGCCGCCCAAGCGAACGGAGGAUUUUAUCCGAGUGUGGAGAGCGCUUUCAUCGCGCGCACUGCGGUGGUACCACCACUUUCACCAUCGAUGAGCGAGGCAGCGAACACGACGUUAGUCAGCGGAACUGAGAAAGGCGAGCGGAAGAACGCACCACUGAUACUGGCUUUAGUUGGAAUUCUCACCUGCGGACUGGCUAUUUACCUGUCGUACACACAAGGAAGAAGAUACUACUUCGAUAGCGCGAUAGGCUGCGGGGCAUGCUGUGCCCUAGCAGGUGCUUGUCGAAGCAUGCGUCGCACCUGGACAGGAUUAGGGCUCGCGGGUCUGUCAGCCCUGAGCUGUGCAGGUUUACUCCUUCUCGCAGCGAAAUCACCGAGACCCGGAACACCUCUACACGACGUGACAGCUGGCGCCCUCUGCGGAGUUUCGGUCCUGGGCGCUGCCCUGGCGUUGUUAGCUUUGGCUGCACCAAGGUGCGCUUUCGGAAGACACAGGAGAGUUCAUUCGUGGAUUCCGAGAUUUCAGCCUUGAUAAUAGUGAUGAAUGACGGGAAGAAGGAGCGUUAGGGGUUGUGUGUGACCAGCUUGCAGAAGUUGAGAGAUGUUUAUGUUUGUUGACCAGAUUUAUGACUUACAAUAGUCUGCAAUAGCUGCUUUGGCUUGACCAAAUAAAUUUACUCGAAACAACGAUUGAAUUCUUCGUUUCAAGUAAUUUUACCAAUCAUGAAAUUACAAAUCAUUCAUACACUCCACAUUUUUUGUAUAUGCUAAUAAGUUUAUACGAAUAGUUUCUUCUCUCGCUUUGCCCAGCAAUCUGUCAAGUCGGUCAUUCAUACCAAAGUCAUUUUCGUAUGUAAAUUGGAGCACUCUUGGUAUACGCAAAGUAUUCUCGAAACGUCAAAGACUUGUACAUUGUAAAAGAAGCUUCUAAUUAAAACUUUCUGCACCAAUUGGUGAAUAUAUUUUAUAAGAUAAUUAGGAAAAAGCUAUUGUACUAAUCCCACAGUUGGCUUCAACUCAGCUGGCAACUUUCCAUACUAUACCAUAACAGCAUUUAUACUUGGAUUUCGUCGUUUUCUCUAAAGAUAAUCUCAUCAGAAAUUAAAUACUUAUUGCUUCUUUUACUACGUCCAAACGUGUAGUACCAUGUUUCAAGAAUAUUUCAACCAUUCUUCGUAAACAGUUGAAAUUAUUCUUUACUUUAUUACCUCUUAUUUCUUAGAGUACAAAUAUAUCUUCUGAUACAUUCUUACGUUUGACUGCUAUAUCUACGUCAAUACUAUAGCGAUAUAUAAUCUUCCGAAUAACACAAAAUAAUUCCAUAAACAUAUACUGCCGUUAUUUUUACUCUAAGGAAAAGGGCAAUUACUAUUAAGUAUGCUGUACAGUUAAUUAUUAAAAAUAAAUUUAGAAUAUUUAUAUUUACAAUGCAAAGUCCAAAUUAAAUAUAUGAUGAUGAAUAAAUAAAUAAAUAAA